CAGGAAAAGCGGCAUUGGUUCAGCGACGGAGACAGUGAGAACUCUUCACUGAGCGACUCAUUCUCCGCCGAGGAGGCUGCUUGGCUGGGCGGCGACCUCGUACGCACGCCCAAGGCAAGGCGAGAGCGAAAUAGCGGCCGAAGCAGACAGUCUUCUUGGGACGGCUUAGGAAAGCAGUCGAGCAGUGAAACACUUCGACAGUCGUGCUUGAGCCGCACAAACGCCAGUGCGGCCGCCAGAAUGGCAUCUUCAGAUGAAAGGGCGACACCCGACAAUGCGACUGACUUCACGCCAGUCGCCAAGCCCGUCGAGAGGCGCCGUACACCACCAGUUGACCGCGAUGACGGAUCCAAUCUUCCCCUCACCCCGUCAAGAGUUGUUGUCAAGCGGGCCCCGUCCGCGACGACGCCGCGUUUGAAGAAAAGGUUCACAUGGAAGGGCAACAAGACUGUCAUGGUGCUUCUUCCCAAGGAUGAAGAGCGUGGCCAGCCUGGCAAAAGCCCUCUCCCCCUGACAGAGGCCGAUGUCUCGGGCAUGCUUCGGAGCUGGCAGCAAUUGGGUUACAAUGUCGACGGCUUUGACCUGUACGAGCCGGCCGCAGAGCUUAGUCCAGGGGAACAUUCGCAAAGCAGGGGCGAUUGGCCUGACCCCGACGAUAUCUCGAGGGAAAGGAAGCAGGGCACUUGGAGAGUUCUUCUCCCAGACCUAAACGCGUGGAAGAAGUACGUUGACGAGCUGAACGAGGCGAAACUCCGCGCGUUGGGAGUUUCGUUCGGAGAUGAAGAGGUUUGUAUUUCCCCGGCGACUACGACAAGCAGACAGGCGUCGAUUGUGCCAUACCCGCCCCUGCCAUUCUCUCCGCCGGUUCCAACUUCUUCGGCAUCGAGCAACCAGGCGUUACCGGGAUUGCCCUAUCCGAACCCGUUUGCGACAUCUGCUACCCAGAGUCCUGGUAUUUCGGCCGGCGCAUCGCCUGCACCAUUUGGCGUCAAGUUCAAUCCUCGCGCAUCUAUUUCGCUCCCAUCUCCGCAUGCCUGGUCUCAGCAAUUGCUUCUGCAGCAAGGCCACCGCGUUGGCUCGCCUUCGCUUGCUAACCUCAGUGCGAUUAUGACGCCAACAUCGCCUUUCACGCCCGAUGGGAUGCCGGGGCCACUCGGACACCAACGUCACCAGUCACUGCAGUUUCCCACGUUGCCUCAUCAGUUCCAGCCACCCCUCAGGGCCUCGCCUCGCCUGCAAGAGCUCCGUGAGGUUGAGGAAGAAGCCGCAGCCGAUGCCAUACCAAAGAGCCCUGGGCCCGACUUCGUACGUCACAACGCUAGCGACAGCCUCCAAAAGGAGAUUGAUGAGGCCGAGUACCACUUGGAAGAACAAAUGCGAUCGCAGCUCGACAACGAUCAAGAUUAUAGCCCGCACAAUGACCACGACAGACCCGAGACUGUGCCGUCAACCUCCGUCCUGGGUCAUGCCGGCGAGGGAUUUGCUCAGUUUACGCCGCAGUCCCACCGGUUCGCAGGUGACACGGAUGGUCUUGUCCUCCAUCAUCCCCGGCCUCACAGCCGUGGUCACUCGCUCUCUCAGAGGUAUUUCACGGAAGAUGAUGCCUCCAACCAGGGAGCUUUCCGACCAACGCUGCAGCAGAUCAAUGCGCAGCCGGCCGAAGAUGAAGAGAUUGAAACGAACCCUAGCAAUCUGGGCACGCCUGUUCAGGACUUGGACUUCUCCAACCUGCUGCACCAACGUGGCUUUUCCAACGCCAGCAACCCUUGGGCCGGCAAUGACUCCGGCAAGUUUGCCGCCGGUGGUCAUCAAGCUCGCCCCAGCCAUGGCAGUGUAUCAUCUCUUUCAAAAUUGAACGUAGCGGCUCCCGAGUUCAAGUUCAACCCGACGAGCACCUUCAACCCGAAGAGCAAUUUCAAUCCGGGUGCGUUUACCUUCCCGAGCAAUGCCUUCCAGCCCAAGGUCUUCAACAUUGGGUCCAAUCCGGUGGAUUCGGGACGGUCCAAUUUGCCAACGCCCAGCUCGUCCAAGAUUAAUGUCAAUGCUCCCGUCUUCUCGCCCGGCCAGAGCGAGAUCAGCUUCUCGGCGUCCGGUCCCAAGUUUCGCCCGGAUGCUCCUGCCUUCACGCCUCAAUCGAUGCCUACGUCCGUCACGAGUCCUAUCAUGUCAGGCGCUGAGAGCGGUAGCAAUCGGGCCAGCUCCAUCUUCGGCAACAUCGACAUCAGCGGAGCCGAAAUCAUUAAACCCGUCAAGAGGUCAAAGGCGAUCCCAAUCAUCCCGCCUAAAAGCCUUGAGGCACCCGCGUCCCAAGAGUCGCAGGACGGUGCAGAUGGGCGCCCUGUUGUUGACGAAUCGCGUGUCAAGAUGGCGCGGGCAACCGCAGAUGAUGAUGGCACCGCGCGUCUGUUCGCCGAACCCACGAAGGAGGACACACCUGUGCUUGACUCGCGGAUGGAACAGCCUGGCCAUGACGACACCAUGCCAGUAGAGGAGAAGUCGUUUGAUGAGUCAAACCUCGGAGCUGCUGACACAACCAUGUCGUCAACCAUGGUGUCAGAAACAACGGAUACGAAGGCCACUGUCAGCCCGGCUGAGCCGUCGGCGGAUCAUCCCACGUUGAAUUGGGCACCGUUCGAAUUCAAGAGCACUCUUGAUAUGUCCUCCUUCAACGACGCCAGACCCUUCGGCAGCGACUCGUUCAAGUCUGCCCACCAGAAGUCGCUGUCCGCCACUGCCAAGGCCUUUGUUCCUGGGGCAACUGUAUGGGCGAGCUCCCCUGAACUACCCGCUGAUGUUGCUGUCGACCAGGCGGCUGAUCGGCCGGCUGAUGAGUCGGGAGCUGCCAUGGACGUAAUCGCGGUGGCCGAAGGCAACUCGGAGGUGGUUAAUGUGGAACCACAGAUUGCUCAACAAGAAGUUGUAGAAUCUAUCGAGAAGCCGGUGGUAGAGGAGUCGCCAUCUCUCCCUGCCUCCGCGCCCACUCUCACCUCACCGCAGCUGCCAACUGUUGCAAAGGGACUUGCCGCUUCGCGGUAUACACAGCCUUCGCAACCGCAGCCGGCGCCGCCUAAACGGACCGGUCUCGCGGCCUCCCGUUUUGCUUCUCCCCCUUCACCAACGGAAGAGGACGAGGUCCCGAAGCCGGAACAAGCCGUCUCGCCCCUUACUCCCGAAGAUUUGUCUCCUGUUUCUGAUGGUAAACAAGUCGAAGGAGAUCUGCCUAUCGAGCCAACGAUGGCUGAUAUUGACGAUGUCAUGCGCUGUCUGGAGGAAAACCCAGAUAUGGGUGUUAACCGAACCUACAACGAUCAGCCGCAAUGGCAUGAACCCAGCCCGACUCACCGCUCGCCCCUUGCUGCUGUUGCAGACUCGUCGCCCUCACGCCUGCGCGCCCCAAGCUACUCGCGCAGUGAUGCUCCGAGUCCUAACCAAGCUGAUUACCGUCGCGCCACUUCGAUGGAUCCGGAAGACCCCUUCAUCGACCCUUCUCGCAGUGGUCAAUCUUUUGAGGGCGGCAUCCGCCGCCUCAAUGCCAGUGAGAGCGUACCUACUAGCGACUGGGCCGGUGUCUUCAGCGAAGAUGAGCAAACGAAACUCGAGUCGCGGGUUGCGUUCUUCGACGGACGUGUCAACCAACUUGUUGGCGGCUUGCUUGCGGCCCGUCUCAGCCCUCUUGAGAGGACGCUGGACAGCAUUAACCACGUUCUGUUAGGGCUUUCGAGGCGGACACCAUCCAGCCGGCGAGAAAGGCGCAGCAUAUCUGGAGACGUCCGCGAAAGCGACGCGGAUGACGAGGAUGAUGAGGUGCCCCACGCCCUGCGCUCGAUGAGUCCGCGCCGUGACCGCCGCAUGGAACAGAUUCGUGCCGCUGUCCUGGAUGCCUUUGCCGCACAACGGCGGAACCAGCCAAAAGAGGCGACUCCACCUCCUGCUGCCGUUCAGGCUGACAACUCUCUCUUGCUGAAGGCGCUAGAGGAUAUGAAGGAGCAAUUCGUCCAAUCGCUCCAACCUGCAAUCCGUAGCGAGGAUUUCAAGAGCAUCGUCGAGGAUGUUGUGGAGCGGCGCAUCCCCCCUGUGCAGCCAGCUGCGGACAAUGGCGAGCUGCUGAACGAGCUUCGAACCCGGGUUGCCAAGCUCGAACAGCGACUCCGCGCUGAAGAGACGAAAGCGGAAGCCGAGUUAUCGGCUAGACGUGCUGCCGAAAACCGGAUGGCAGAAAUUGACCGCGAACUUCAAUCUGCUGCUACCAGAAUCGAGGUGGAGAUGAUGAACAAGAGCGCUCUAAACCAGCGCAUUGCCGACCUUGAGGAUCGCGUGCAGCAUGCGGAGCGUCAAGCCGAAGGAGAGAUCAAUGGUAGGAGGGCUGCCGAAGAUCGGCUUUCUGAGGUCCAACGCCUGCUUCGGAUAUCAUCCGAAGAGGAGACACGGCUUAGAGAGCUCGUUAACGAAAAGGACCAGAAGAUCAAGGAGGUCGAAACCCUGCAGAGCAAGAGUGCCAUGCGCCUCACCCUCCUCGAAGCCAGUCAAGUCAAUGCCCAUCAAUCCCAGAGCGAGACGCAAAAUCGCAUCAACUCACUCGAGGCUGAGACUCGGGAGGCGCGCAAGGAGGCCCUGCACUGGCGGUCAGAGACAGAUCGCAUCGUCGCUAUUGUUCAUCAGCGCGAUAAGGACCUCACUCAGGCACUUGAUGAGAACAAGGCUCUGCAUAAGCUUAUCGACACCUUGGGCGUCCAGCUGCAAGAAAAUGAACGUGUACGCGACACAUGGCGUUCCAAGUUCAUUUCUAUGCAAGAAGAGAUGGCGCGGGCUGCAAAGGAAAUCACAGAGGAGAACGCUCGCCAUAUGAAGAAGGAGCUGACCCUGCUUGCUCGCCAAGAGGUCCUCGAGGCGAGAUUGCAAGCCGAAGCAAGGACUCGUGAGCGCAUCGAAACCGAGCUCGAGCGGCUGGAGAUGGGCGAGCGCCAGGGUAUGAGGGCCGUCGCCGAGUGUAAGAGACUCGAGGGCGUCCUCACUGAGAUGCGCUCCGAGAACCACAAGCUACACCAGAGCGCGCUCCGCUACCAAGCCGAGUUCCAGGAAGCCAGGGAGUCGGGCGCGCGUGAGGUCCAGCGCACGCGGGACGCGAUGCAGGCCGAGGUGGAGAACGCGAACCACCAGGUCAACGUUGUCCGGGAGGAGCUAGAGGACCAGAUGUCGAGGCUCAGGGCCCAACUUGACCAAGUCAAAUUGGACGCGGACACGGCCAAAGCCCGCCACGACAUGCUUCUGGAGGAAGCGCAAAUCUCGAAGCAGGCAGAGCUCGAGGAGGUCAUGCGAAAGCAUCAAAACGAGAUCGAAGACCUGCAGGCGCGCUACGAGCGGCAGCUCAGCAACACGACUGAGGAUGCACAGAGGGCCGAGCAGAAUCUCCUGGAGCGCCUGAGCAUCUCGGCCUCCAAGUCGGAGUAUUUGCAGGACAAGGUGGCCCACCUCGAGGAGAAAUUGGAAAUUGCCAAAGAGGCUGCCAGAGCUGCGGCCCAGGCCGCGAAGUCCGUCGCCGGCUCUGAGGCCAUGAUCACACAGCCGAAACCUACUGCUACCCGCCAGCUCGACCUGCCUGAGAAGAUCUCGCCACAAGCUUUGCGCGAGUCCAUUAUGGUGCUGCAAGAGCAGCUGCAAGAGCGGGAGCAGAGGAUUGAAGAGUUGGAACUCAAGCUCUCCAAGACAGACCCGAACGCCAAAACCAAGAUUUCCAAACGUGACGAUGAGAUUGUCUGGCUGCGCGAGCUUCUGGCCGUCAGACAUUCGGAUCUCCAAGACAUUAUCAGCGCUCUUGGACGGGAAGAUUAUGACAAGCACGCUGUCAAGGACGCAGCCAUCCGUCUCAAGGCGAACUUGCAGAUGGAGGAGCAGGAACGUGAGAGGGCCUUGAACGGCGGCUCGGCCAUCAGCCUGCCCAAUAUUGCGGCAACCAUCCGUGACGCGGCAACCCCUCGUGUCGCUCAAGCAGUCGGCCCGUUGGCGGCGGCAUGGGGCAAUUGGAGGAAGACGCGCGGCCUCGACAACGUCUUGUCGUCCCCUGCUCCGGCCAAUGGACGGAAUUCGAGACCUUCACGGACCAAUAAUUUUGCGAGCAACAGCCUCCUCGGCGGGCUUCUGACGCCCCCGACCACACGCCAGACUUCUACAACCCAGGCCAAGCAACCCACUGCAUUUUCCAGCACCGGUCGUCGGUUCACGGCGCAGGAUCUCGCCAACAGGCCCAAACCUCCGCUGUCUGCUUCGGCCUCGGUCUCGGAUGCUCAUAAGGGGCAAGCCCCAGCAGGACAGGAGACGCCUCCCCGGCGGCCGCUCGCGGCGCCUGUCACGCCUCCCAUGAUGCGCCCGAACGCAUAUGAUGAUGAUGCCCAGGCAGAGGACUUCGAUGAUGCUGGGUUCUUUGAGGAUUGAUAUGCGGAAACAAGAGGAGGAACACCUACUUAUUGAAUAACUAAACCUAGCUUCUCCUUUGUUCAGUUUCCUUGCGGUCAAAGUUGGAGCAGAUGAGGGCGGAUAUGACGUGGGCAUACUUGCAUACGGCCGGCGGCAGUGGAAGCGGAAGCCGAGGCAGCUCUCGAGAUGUCUCUGUCCGGAGCCCGUCCUUGUUCAUGCUCUUCUCUUGUUCGACCGAAAUUUCCCCUUCGCCUUUUUAUUUCACCUUUUGUUUUUUUUUUUUUUUUCACCGCCAGUCUGCCUAA